AUGCAAGUGAAAACAACAGUGAAGUGUGAACAUUCCGCUUAUGGCCGUCGGGAAACUGAAGAAUUUUAUAGUAUGUUAAAGCAAUCAAAACCAGUGGAUGAAGGUAAAGAAGCGGUUAUUACUUUAGCCAUGUACGAAACUGACCUAGAACUGGUGCGCUUGUCACAAGACUCGCACUCAUUAGACCAACUUCUGUCAAAGACCAAGACUCAACCGCCAAGACCAACUUCUCAUGUCACAGGAAUGAAUGCGUUACAGGCGGCAAAGGGUUACGAUAUAGCCACCGAAAACUACAAAGUAAUAAGAAGACUGCUAAUGGAAAAAUAUGAGUUAGCAAUGACAAUAGCGACAGAAUUAGCAAAAUUAGCAAAAUUAGCGUUAGCAACAAUUCACAGCGAUGAGAAGAUUUUUAAGUUUACGAUGAAAAAGGAGAGCAAAGAAAGAAGACCACGUGUCUUUUGCAGUCAAGAUCAUUGA